GUGUUUAGGCCUAGAAUGUGCUAGGCGGUUUGUGCGGAACGAGCAAGGCGUCUGAUCAGGAUGAUGGGGGACUCCAAGCUCCUGCAAAACAAGGGUCCGUGGGCGGUCGCCCAGGACACUCUCCGAUGCUUAAGUUAGAGAGAGAAGGGAGAGCUUAUGUUUGUUUGGAGAGAGAGUAGUAGUUGGUUACCAUUAAUGCCGAUCCCGGUGUAUUUAUAGUCCCUUCUCUCGAGCAUGGGCAUUAAAUGCUAUUGUCAGGCGGCCUAUGUGCACCUUACCUUUUCUAGACCGCCUACGGCGGGCAUUUAAUGCUUGUUCCUGCUGUGUCCGAGGUAGGUAUCCCUAGGAAGAUCUCCUUUCUGACACCAACGGCCACUUGUGUCAGGCGGCCUAGUCCCCGUCUUGUCGUAGGGCGGCCGCCUGCUGUUACCUUUCUCCCAUACUCCUCCUCGGGUUCCCCACCGAGGCCCUCGACUCCUCCUUGGGCCCUGCUUGACUAUUCCUUUAUGGGCCUCGAGCCCACUACUGCUCAA